CGUCUCUAUUCAUAAUGUAGAGGUUGAGGGCUGCAAACUAAUUACUAGACAAGAAUCCUACAUUACAGUAGGGUUUGAUAACCCACGAGAAAUCAAUGUUAACUAGAAGGUCAAUGAUCUUAUAAUUAGUCUCUCCUUCAUGAACCCUACUCACUGGUGACGCCACUACCUCCCACUUUCCCCCAUUCUACUUUAGAAAGACCCUGACUGCUAUGACAUCAAAUUAUCUUUUUUUCUAUCAUUGUAUUUGUUUAAUCCUGUGUUGGAAUAUUGAAGUCUCAUCGCCCCCCACCCUCCCCCAGUCCCUCAUAAAGUAUCCCUACAGAUGUUUAUGGACCAGCUGUGCUGAAGAUGUGAUUGUGGAGUUGUGGGAUCGGUCUCGAUACAAUAGAAGCUAAUGAAAUAGAGUUGUUUUUUUCAUGUCACAAAACUUCAGUAUCUGGUCUUAGGAAUUCAUUGCCGCCGUGGUAGCAGCUUUCAAGGUAAUGAAUUAACCAACACAGAGUAACAAAAUGGAUUUAGAACUGCAUCAAGACUUGACCCUGGACCCUUCCGCAUGGGACGAAACGGACACCGGCAGUGAUUUUGCAUCCCGCAAACGAAGAUCUGGAGCUGCAGGAAAGAGAGACAAUCCGGGCUCACCAACAGACUCAAGCAGCUCAAAUUUGGACGAGCCUUCGGAAAAGAAAAGUCGCAAUGGCCGGAAGAACGCUAAAAGGCGGAAAGGCGUCAGUGCUCGCGAGCGAAAUCUGAGACGGCUGGAGAGCAAUGAAAGGGAGCGAAUGAGGAUGCACUCGCUCAAUGACGCAUUUCAGGGCCUCCGGGAAGUUAUCCCCCAUGUCAAUCUGGAUAGGAAGCUGUCUAAGAUUGAGACAUUGACCUUGGCCAAAAACUACAUCAAGGCGUUAUCCAACGUUAUAUGUAACAUGAGGGGGGAGACGCCCCCGUACAAAUUCGAGGAUACCUCUGGAGGAAAUGUCGACGGCGAGUGGGACGACGCCAAUGAGGGCUCCGACCUGAGUGUGGGUGGCCUUCGGGAGGCUUCCCAGAGUGCCAUAGAAAAUUCUUGUGGUUUAUUUGACUCGUGAUGCUGUGAAUAGGUAGGACUUCCGCGGCGUUUGUUUUUAAAUUGGGAUGAUAAACCACAUGAACUUGAUGACCUUCUACUGGACUUUCACUUGGAUUAGGUGCAUUUCACGAGACUAGGUGCAUUCCUUGUUUACUAGGUGCAUUCCUUGUUUACUAGGUGCAUUCCUUGUGUACUAGGUGCAUUCCUUGUUUACUGGGUGCAUUCCUUGUUUACUAGGUGCAUUCCUUGUUUACUAGGUGCAUUCCUUGUGUACUAGGUGAAUUUUGCAUGCAUUAUGUGCAUUUUUUGGACUAGAUUCAUUUUAUCUAAACUUGUUAGAAUGCAAGUGAACUAGGCGCACAUUAGCUAGGACCAAGUGCAUUUCAUGUUUACCAAAUAAUUGCACGUGAAAUUUUAAAACAAUAGAAAAAAAGCUUUUAAACUUGAGUGUAAUAUUACCAGGUGAAUGAAGGGAAAACUUUGCACUAAAGGCAAGUUCUCAAACUCAUUUCUCUUUGUUUCUCCUUUUUUGGAGAGGGAACUCAUUUCUUACGCGUAACACAAAGAAAUAUUGGACUGGAUUUAGAUAUGGCCUGCUAAAUAUUGGACUGGAUUUAGAUAUGGCCUGCUAAAUAUUGGACUGGAUUUAGAUAUGGCCUGCUAAAUAUUGGACUGGAUUUAGAUAUGGCCUACUAAAUAUUCCAGAAGAGUCGGAAACGAUUGUGUGCUAACAAUUAGAUGCUGAAAAGAUAACGAGUGAUAUGAUUUUUAAAUUAUUUUUAGAACAUCUUUUUGAUAUUGUCAUAUUUUUUUUUUCGCUUUAAUAAUGAAUAAUACAAAAAAUAUAAUAUAUAGGCCUAUUUAAAUUCUAUUUACCUGAUAAGCAUUAAUUCUAUAGAACUUAAUUGCUUAAAUUAUUCUAACCACAGAAAGAGACGUCUAAUACUUUCACAAAUUUACUUACUUUGACCUAUCAACUUUUAUCACUCUUUAGCAAUGGCUAUGGAAUAGACCUUUAAAUGUACUUCGUAUAAUAGAGUUGUUGUUUUUUGGGUGAGAUGUCUGGACAUAUGUCUUGCUUUUAGAGAGAUGUCUUAUAUGACUCAUCUCUCUCUCUCUUUCUCUCUCUCUCUCUCUCUCUCUCUCGCUCCUCUGUCUUAACCUUUGCUAGCACUUAACUACUAAGUGGUAGGUUUUCAUGUUUCUCAGAAUUAUUUCCUAGGAUCUUUCCUUCAUCUAUGGCCCAAUCAGACAAACUCGACUGUUGUCUGCAUUGCACCAGUUUUAUAGUCUGGCAUUUCUUUGACAUUAUUAUUAUUUUUGUGGAGAUUCUAUUUAUGUCUAUGAGUGUGUUCGUCUAUAAGUGUGCGUGUUGCAAUAUAUUACCGAGUCCUUUCAACUUCAUUGGUUGUUGUAUUUUCAUUUUGGUGGCCAGACAAAAAUCACGUUACCUCUUUGAACUUUGAACUUUGCUCAUGUAGCAAUAUGCUGAUGACCUUGUCCUAUCCUGUAACCACCCAGUUUCUUUUUUCUAGGUUUAGUGGCAAUAGCAUUGCUGUGAUAGAAGUAAAGGGAGACUAUCUGAUUAGUUCAGGAAACAUUUCUGUUUUUGAACAAAGUGAAGAGUCUGAACUAGGCUGUAAUGAGACAGGAAUGGUUGAUGAAAUAUUUAUUUAUUUUAUUUAUAAAAAAUCUUCUUGACUAUGAAGCCACUAAAGGAUUCUAUAUAUGUAACUACUAAAUGAAUAUCAAAUUAACAGUCUAGUGCCUUACAGUAUUUGUACCUUGAGAGCCACUCUCUGCUAUUAUUGCUCUGUAUCACGCAGUACUGUAAUGAUUAAGUAUCUCACAGUACUGUAAUGGUUACGUACCACUCAAUACUGUGAAAACUAGUGAAAAACGUUUUUUUUUUAAUUUUCUUUUGAAUAUAUUUGUUGUUCAAUUGAAAAGCUUCUCCCAAGCUCCGUUUCAUAAUGAAUAAGAUUUCAGCUUCUGUCUGUCUUCAUCUGCAAACAUAUCUUUAAUAGUUACUCUUUGGCUGACUUUGACUAGAGUUAGAAAAAAAAAGUGAUUUAGUGUUAUGUUAUUCAAACGAAAAAUGAAUAUCUAGAAUAACAAUUAAAUAUCUAUGCCAGAACAGAAGAUGCAUUUGACCUACCCACCUUGUUCUAAAGUCUGUUGAAAUGUUGGGCCACCACAAAAGAUCUGCCCAUCAGAUUUCUCCGUUUCUUUCUUGUUUACUGCUUUUCUAAAUAUCUCAUCAAGUGUACGUAGAUAAUAAAAAAAACAACAGGGCCGGAUUUAUGGCAACGCAGACAGUGCGCCACCAAGGGCCUUGUCCUUAAAGUGGGUCUUCUGAAUAUAUAUAUAUAUAUAUAUAUAUAUAUAUAUAUAUAUAUAUAUAUAUAUAACGAGUGUACAUGUACUUCAAUGUAUCGUUACCCUGUUUUAAAAAAAAAAGGGCGAAAUCCUGCACACUGCCUCUAUCUACGUAAAUUCAGCCCUGUUAACACAAUAUAAAAGAUGCCUUUAUCUAGUAUCAGUAGCCAGUUGAAAAUACGAAGUCGUUCAGCAUUUAUGUUUAUUUCCUUUUUAAAGCCAUCAAAACGUGAUAUCAAACAUUGGAUUGACUCAAGUAGAAAUCCUCAACUCAAUGAAAUUUUAGUCAUUAACUAGAAUAACCAAUCUUCAUCCCAAUCAUUCAAUCCAUGAUUCAGUCAUUAAGAUCUGGCUUGCGGCUGCCUUAAGCGAACAUUCCUGGAGCACUGUUCCCAUGGUGAUCGUCAGAAAUUGUUUAUUUUUGUAUGCCUAUUUCAUUUCUGUUGAUCAUUUCUAAAUAUGUUUUCUCGUAACGCCUUAUUUCAUCGUCUUCUAACAUUCAUUGUCACUCGCCAAUAUGUCAGCUCUUCCAAAGCGUGUUAACUCAUGUAUUAUUGCAAACCCUUUUUACCUAUUGUCUUCCCCUGUCUUUCUCCCCCCUUUGUUUUCUUUAUUCUGUCUUUCAAUAUGCAAAUUAUAACUGCCCAGACUUGUCUAGAACAGAUAUUUAUUUGGUUAUAUUGAGAAAUGGAAAUCAGAGUAUCGAUUAUAGGCUUAUAGUUUUCUAUUUGUAUCCACUAGAGAGUUUGAAGACAACAAGUACCUAAAGUUUGUGGGAAAUUCGGAGUGAUUUUUGUGUUGUAAGGUAUACACACACACACACAGAGAAUAAACUUUAUUAUUUUCUUUAGCUUGUGCCUGGUUUCUCAGGAAGUAUUCAAAAAAACAUUCUUUGAAGUAAAUCUUUUGUAUUAAUGUCAUUGAGAUGUUUUUGCCUAGUGUGGUAUUGUGAUGUGAUGGCCUUGUGUGGUUAUGUAAUGUGAUAGCCAUGUUUGGUAUUGUGAUGUGAUGGCCUUGUGUGGUUAUGUAAUGUGAUAGAAAUGUUUGGUAUUGUGAUGUGAUGGCCUUGUGUGGUUAUGUGAUGUGAUAGCCAUGUUUGAUAUUGUGAUGUGAUGGCCUUGUGUGGUUAUGUAACGUGAUAGCCAUAUGUGGUAUUGUGAUGUGAUGGCCUUGUGUGGUUAUGUAACGUGAUAGCCAUAUGUGGUUUUGUGAUGUGAUGGCCUUGUUUGGUUAUGUAACGUGAUAGCCAUAUGUGGUAUUGUGAUGUGAUGGCCUUGUUUGGUUAUGUAACGUGAUAGCCAUAUGUGGUAUUGUGAUGUGAUGGCCUUGUUUGGUUAUGUAACGUGAUAGCCAUAUGUGGUAUUGUGAUGUGAUGGCCUUGUUUGGUUAUGUAACGUGAUAGCCAUAUGUGGUAUUGUGAUGUGAUGGCCUAGUGUGGCUGUACUCUUCCUCUGUGUGAUGCAAUGAAUGUGUGUGGUUUUGUGACCUGAACACUUGGUGUGGUUAUGUAAUAUGGUAGCGCGUGGUGUGGUUAUGUAAUAUGGUAGUUGUGGCUUUCUCUCUCGCUCUCUUUGAGUAGAUAGCUCCACGUGGCUGCGCUCUAACUUCAUGUAAUGUGUUAGUAUUGUGUCUAUGUGAUGUGAUGUGUGUCUCGACUGUGUGUGAUGUCAUAGCCUAAUGUGUGUCUCAGUUCAAAAUAAUUCGAUGGCAUGAUGUGUGUCUCGACUCUAUGUCUAUUUAAUGUGAUGGCAUAAUGUGUGUCUUAAUUCUAUGUCUAUGUAAUGUGAUGGCAGGAUGUGUCUCACUCUAUCUCUGUGAUAUGAUGGUCUGGAGUGACUCUAUGAGAUCACAUGCAGAAUAAAUUGUUUUAGAUACGCAUAAAUUGUAGUCGUUUUAACAUUAGAGUCAUUAACUUUGAACAACAGAAGGGGACCCUUUUAGCAUAAUACAUUUAAAUGUGAAGAUAACUCUGCUCAUUCCUCAAUUGACUCAUUGCUUUAUGAAAGAUACUUAUUAUGGAUCACUUUUAAUUUAUUAAACUCUUUUAAAUAUAUAAAGGCUGUGACAUGGAUGCCAUGGCUUAUUAUGUGAAAUUAAUACGAUGGAUCAAUCUUAAUAUGAUAUGGCUCAAUAGUAAUAUGCUAUGACAAUACCAUGGCUCAGUCGAUCUAAAAAUAAUAGUUCAUGAAGGCUUAAGAAUAAUAUGUGGUGCUAAUGCCCUAGAUAGCACGUUUAUGUGAAAAUAGCUGGGUGUCAGGAAGACCAUUGAGUGUCUUAAUAUUUAUAUAUUAAGACACUGUCUUGGAGCCAACAAAAUGUACGGAAAAACAAUGUCAUGGCUCAGUCAUGGCCCUGUAGUUGACAUUAUACAUCGGCUAGGAAUUACUUUGAAGAUCAGUUGUGUGAUUUGUAACGAAUAACUGAAAUGUCUUGUAGAAAGAAUUGUUUAAUACGUUUAUCCGUGUGUAUAGAUAGUGUACAAAAAUCUUUGACCUAAGUAACAUUGUGCAUUUAAAUAUUGAAAUUGAAAGGUCAAGGGUCAUAGUUGGCACGAGCUUCUAGACUGCCAUCUGUAGUACGAUAUUGUUGUUUCAAAGAGCAUGAUAGUCUGAUACGGAUGUGAUAUAACAUGUCUAGCCAUCAAAGGCAGGUUUUAAUAUAUACUAGAAUAUUUAACAAAUCUGUUGGGACAUCGUUUGCAUCUACAAUGCAAGUUAAGAUCAGUGUAUUUUCCUAUAUAACUCCGAUGACAACAUCUGGUCUGUAAAUUAUGUACAUAAUCAAUGUAGCCGAUAUUUCUUUUAUUUACAAUCUACAAGCUCAUGCAAUACCUUCAUGAAUGCAUCCAUAAUAUAUUAGAAAAAUUUUAUCUUUGACCAAUAUAUGUGUACAUAGUGUUAUAUUGUCUUCGCAUUAUGUAAUAAUUCUUUGCUUUCUUUGUCUCUUGUUGGACUGGUAUUUUUCCUAUUAAUAUAACAUUUGUGUCUUUAUUAUGGACUUUUAAUUUAUUUAUAUUAUGUCAUUUAUUUAUUCCUUAUCUUGUAACUUUUAUUGUACGGUUUAUGAUUGGAUCUACUAGACAUAACAGAAUUAGGAAUACAUAUGAUUGGAUCUACUAGACAUAACAGAAUUAGGAAUACAUAUGAUUGGAUCUACUAGACAUAACAGAAUUAGGAAUACAUAUGAUUGGAUCUACUAGACAUAACAGAAUUAGGAAUACAUAUGAUUGGAUCUACUAGACAUAACAGAAUUAGGAAUACAUAUGAUUGGAUCUACUAGACAUAACAGAAUUAGGAAUACAUAUGAUUGGAUCUACUAGACAUAAUAGAAUUAGGAAUACAUACGAUUGGAUCUACUAGACAUAACAGAAUUAGGAAUACAUAUGAUAAUUGAGCGUAUGUUUGGUACAGCUGGUAUCGAUUUUGACUAUAUUAUGGAAUGAUUACAUGAAACUGUAUUCAAUAUCGAUACUCCCUAUUUCUAACUCUAAGUUGCAUAAAGGUGACCAGGUGUAUAAAUAACGUAGGCGUCAUGCAAUGAUAAUACAUUGUCUCCCCCAUUGUUGGGGGAUUUACACAAAGCUGUUAUCUACGUUAAAGAGAUUUCCUCCCCCAUAGUUGGUAAUAGCACAAAUAUGUUAUGUGGCAUACAGGCAAUGCCUCUCUCAUAGUUGGUGGUUAACACAAGGCUGUUAUGUACAUACAGACAUUGUCUCCCUUUCAUUAUGUGCUCUAUUCAUUCAAUAACAAAAACAAAACGCACGCUGUUUACAAUGGAAUAGUCUUACAAUUUGAGAAGACAAUAUGGGACAAUGUUAAAAGCAUUAUAGAUGUAGCUUUCAAAGGGAAGGAACUACUUGGUUGCUCUGUUGUCACUGUUCAAGGAAACAACAACAAAAAAACUCUUUCAAGAUCUGGUGGGCUUAGCGUUCUCGAUCGAUCUGUUGGCGGAGUUGUCCUGAGAGCACUAAAUCUGACUUCCAUUCUGGUACACGCAUGCAAGCUGUCUUUGUUUUUGUAUUUCAACAUGCAACAUCUCACAAUAGCUGUCUUUGUUUUUGUAUUUCAACAUGCAACAUCUCACAAUAACUGUCUUUGUUUUUGUAUUUCAACAUGCAACAUCUCACAAUAGCUGUCUUUGUUUUUGUAUUUCAACAUGCAACAUCUCACAAUAGCUGUCUUUGUUUUUGUAUUUCAACAUGCAACAUCUCACAAUAGCUGUCUUUGUUUUUGUAUUUCAACAUGCAACAUCUCACAAUAGCUGUCUUUGUUUUUUGUAUUUCAACAUGCAACAUCUCACAAUAGCUGUCUUUGUUUUUUGUAUUUCAACAUGCAACAUCUCACAAUAGCUGUCUUUGUUUUUGUAUUUCAACAUGCAACAUCUCACAAUAGCUGUCUUUGUUUUUUGUAUUUCAACAUGCAACAUCUCACAAUAGCUGUCUUUGUUUUUGUAUUUCAACAUGCAACAUCUCACAAUAGCUGUCUUUGUUUUUGUAUUUCAACAUGCAACAUCUCACAAUAGCUGUCUUUGUUUUUUGUAUUUCAACAUGCAACAUCUCACAAUAGCUGUCUUUGUUUUGUAUUUCAACAUGCAACAUCUCACAAUAGCUGUCUUUGUUUUUGUAUUUCAACAUGCAACAUCUCACAAUAGCUGUCUUUGUUUUUUGUAUUUCAACAUGCAACAUCUCACAAUAGCUGUCUUUGUUUUUUGUAUUUCAACAUGCAACAUCUCACAAUAGCUGUCUUUGUUUUUGUAUUUCAACAUGCAACAUCUCACAAUAGCUGUCUUUGUUUUUUGUAUUUCAACAUGCAACAUCUCACAAUAGCUGUCUUUGUUUUUGUAUUUCAACAUGCAACAUCUCACAAUAGCUGUCUUUGUUUUUGUAUUUCAACAUGCAACAUCUCACAAUAGCUGUCUUUGUUUUUUGUAUUUCAACAUGCAACAUCUCACAAUAGCUGUCUUUGUUUUUGUAUUUCAACAUGCAACAUCUCACAAUAGCUGUCUUUGUUUUUGUAUUUCAACAUGCAACGUCUCACAAUAGCUGUCUUUGUUUUUUGUAUUUCAACAUGCAACAUCUCACAAUAGCUGUCUUUGUUUUUAUAUUUCAACAUGCAACAUCUCACAAUAGCUGUCUUUGUUUUUGUAUUUCAACAUGCAACAUCUCACAAUAGCUGUCUUUGUUUUUUGUAUUUCAACAUGCAACAUCUCACAAUAGCUGUCUUUGUUUUUUGUAUUUCAACAUGCAACAUCUCACAAUAGCUGUCUUUGUUUUUUGUAUUUCAACAUGCAACAUCUCACAAUAGUCGCAUUUCACGUUUACUGGACGUGCGACAGUUUAAACUUGACAUUAGAGCACUCGGAAGUUGUCUUGACAUUAGAGCACUCGGAAGUUGUCUUGACAUUAGAGCACUCGGAAGUUGUCUUGACAUUAGAGCACUCGGAAGUUGUCUUGACAUUAGAGCACUCGGAAGUUGUCUUGACAUUAGAGCACUCGGAAGUUGUCUUGACAUUAGAGCACUCGGAAGUUGUCUUGACAUUAGAGCACUCGGAAGUUGUCUUGACAUUAGAGCCCUUAUAAGUUAGUUACUUGAUAUUAGAACACUCCAAAGUUUGUUGAGCAGUCGAACGUUGAUCAAGGUUUUCAAAAAUUUCAAAUUUUCGAGUGACUAACUUUUAUUUUUUUUUUUUUAUGUCACUAGUUAUGUUAGUAGCACUUCUUCCAUGGAUCCUGUUCCCUCUUGGUCUUCCUAAGCUUUACAGACACUUGGUCAGACAGGUUCUUGAGAUAUAACCAAAGUCAACCAGUAUAUAUAUUUCUGACUACAUUCCUUUGAACUUUCUGGCCAGAUUUUGGCAGUAUCUGGCUACAUUGUUUUUCAAAUAUUUGGCUUCAUUCCACUAAGUGACUGGUUUACAUAUUGAACAUUUACAGCAAGCUGCUACGUGUAUAAAGUGUCUUAAUAUAACAAUUGGUUGCCUGUGUAAUAUUGACAACGGAACUUAUUUUGUGGCUAUAACUCUAUUUGAUUCCAUGACACUCAGUUUGACGAAAUUCUCCUUCUGUGUGAAUUGAAGUCUUAAAACUAAACCACAAAAUAUUGACAAGCUUAGUCGCAAUCCAAACCCAUUGAGACCAUUUCCGACUAUGUUUGAAUCUCCAUUUAGAAAUCAAUAACUAGCUGAGUUACUUCCCAUGACCUAAUGCUAGAAAACAGUUUGCUUUAUUCGCUCCCUUGAAAGACAAAACUCAAACGCUUGAACUUGUUAAAUGAAGGCAUAUCCCCUCUAAAAAGAUAAGAAGGAAAGAGGUCACAGCGAUGUAAACACUUGUUCAAUGAAGUAGAGAAUCAAUAAAGGUCCACUGUCCGUUAGACAAAGCUAAUCCCCAUUGACCGCGUGUGUAACUAAAUGCACUUUGAAAACUAUUAUCACUCCUGACAUUCUCUUUCGCUGCAAGUGAUUGUGCAGUUUGUAGAAACAUUGGACUGACAUGAAGGUGCUCUUUGUCUACAGAAAUUAACAAUGUACAAAUAUCGGUUCAAUUACAACCUCCAUUGGGAAUUCGUCAACAAAUAUUUUUUUAACUUGAAAUCAAUCAACAACUUGUUCAACACACGUGUGACACAUUUAACUUUACAAAAUUUAAUAUCUGUCUGUGCUAGAUGAUGACUUUAAAAUAUUUGUCUGUGUUAAAUGAUGACUUUAAAAUAAUUGUCUGUGUUAGAUGAUGACUUUUCAUUGUGACGUCGAAAUAGAUACCUGUUGAUUUGUUUAGUUCAUUAUUUCAUUAUUAAGGGGAGACUAAGGAUGAAAUUACCUUCAAUACAAAAUUUUGAAAUUAUGAAUCUCUCUUUUUGUAUCCUUUACACGGAAAAGAAUUUUAAAAUAUAAUUAAUUGUUGUUGAAUUUAAAAAAAAAAUACAUGCAAGUACUUUUAUAGACACAUACAAAAUGGUUUGCAUGAAUUAGCAUGGUCAAAAAAACAACAACAAAGUCACUCGAAUAACCGUAAAAACCCAGAUAAACACGGAUUCAGGGGAAAGGCCAGAGUGUCCGACAGAACACAGCUUCAGGACAUAAAUGGAUUGUUUCACUUGACCAACUGGUCUAAGUAUUAUUGUACAUGGCGUACCUUUGUUCUAACAUGAAACAUGAGUAGCCCAAACACUAAUUGCCUUUAUAUUGCAGCAGGGAACAGGAACUGGCGAGAGCUAAUGAUCAUUUAUAAAUAAAUCCUAGCCAGGUUUUUUUUUUACAAAACACCAGUGGAUAUUUGUUAACAUUUUUAUUUUGUGACAGGGAAAUUAAAAAAAACAACUUUAAUAAUGGACGAAACAAAAAGUAACAUCUGUCCACAUCACUUUUGGUUUGAAGCUCAAAUAUUGAUGAUGUAAUAUAAAGAUUUUUUUUUAGUGUCUUGGUCAAUUUUUUUUCACUGGUUUUCAUGCUUUGAAAUCUGUUGUUUGGUGAUGAGCUUAGUUUCAGAUCUAAUUGUAUGCUUUGAAAUGUGUUGUUUGGUGAUGAGCUUAGUUUCAGAUCUAAUUGUAUUUGUUCACUUUGGUGUAUUGGACAAGCUUUAGUCUGUGGAUACAAUUAUCUAUUUAUUGCAUUGCGCUAGUCAAUAGUAGCUCAGUACUCGUACCAAAUCAAAAUUUUAGAAAAUGUGUUUGCUAGCAAUGAGUUUAAGUCAUUAGAGAGACUGACGUCAUAUGUGACUUUGAAGACUUGGUUCUUGUCAAGUGUAUUACGCUAAAAUUUUGAUGAGAUUAUCAUAUCUUCUUAUCUUAUACAUUACGAGGAACUAGGUCAAAGAAUAAACCUGCCACUCAUUGUAGAUUUUCUUGUGAAAAAUAAAUAUUUAUUUUAUUUUUAGGC